AAGUUUUCUUUGUUGUGUUUAUGUAGCUAAAGGAACAAUAGCUAAUGCUAAUGCUAACAGGAGAUCCUCAUGAACUCCCAGCAGACGUCUGACUGCGUGUGUUCUGUGUCUCAGGAUUGACAGAAAGAUGUCCUCCAGUCAGACCAACUACAAGCUGGACGAGGCUCAAGCCAUCUUCAGCGAGCUGCGCAGCAUCAAGAAAUCCAUCAGCACGGGCGAGAAGGAGAGGCAGGACCUCAUCCAGUGCUUAGCGAAGCUGACGGUGAACUUCCAGAACAGUUUGUCCGUCCAGGACUCGGCCGGCGAGGUGACGAACAGCACCGGGACCGCUGGGGACUCGUGUAACCUGCAGCAGUACUGUGACACCGGCUGUCAGACGGACAUCAUGGGAGAGGAUUCCACGCAUUUAGUGGACAAAGUCAAAGUCAACUGGCAGUACGAGGAAGCCAAGAAGAAGGUGCAGAGCAUCCAGCACCAGCUGGCACAGCUGGACAGCGAGAGCUGGUCGGGACGGGCCGAGGCGGACCGAGACCGGGACUUCAUGCAGCUCCUGCGUGAGAAGGAGGCGCUCCUGCAGGAGCUCAUCCUGGUCAGCAAGCAGCAGCACUCCGCGGAGACGCUGCUGCAGCUGGAGGAGGAGCGCUCCCGGCUGGAGGAGGAGGUGCAGAGGGCCCACAGCUCCCAGAGCCAGGGAGCCAAUCAGAGGAUCCUGCAGCAGGAGAAGAGGAACGCUCUGCUGAGACAGCUGGAGGAGGCGACACGCAUCACCACCUACCUCCACUCCCAGCUGAAGAGGUGCAGCACACACACACACACGCACACACUCGGUCUUUAAGCUUCACGCUGUUCAUGUUUGUCUUUUCUAGAGAUGUAACGGACUGUUAUCGAUCUGUGAUCUGUACCGACCCCCUCACGGUUUAACGUUAGCCAUCACAGUGUAAAUAAAGUUGUACUGACUCAGUAGAACAUG